AUGUCCUCGUCACAGGGCCGCGCUCCUCUGUUUCUGCUGCUGUCGGUGUCAGCCGUGUUACUGCUGCUGCUCUGUUACGACUCUCCAGAACAAAGGUCUGUGGAAGUUCGGAGACGGCGGAGAGACGACCCAGAGUACACAGAAUUCCCGACGGAGCACUUGGACCCUGCAGCCAUUGACCUGACUCCGCUGGUCAAUACUCUCAUAAACUCCAGCCAAUCAGGCUCGUCUCAGCUCUUCUCUCUGCUCAGCGUCACCUCGUACAGCUCCAUGGCCCUGCACAAACUCACCCUGCUCGUCUACAACAUUUCCAGUAUAAAAACCAUAGAGAGCAACAAGUUCAGGAGACGCUUCUGUUACUGUGUGAACAACGAGACCAACGACCUCACCGAUUUCACGGCCAUUCUGUUGGACGUGAUGGGAAACUCCAGCAGUUAUCUCCACGAACUCUUCAAGUCCUCCUCCAUCCUGUCAGUUUCACAGAGGAACAACUCCGACUGCAUCUACAUCUGUGUGAUGGCCGGACAGCUGGGUGAAGAGCCCAUGGAGCUGUGGGCCCUGGACUCCAUCACCCCCCUGUUCAACCAGACCAUCGUGGAGGGGCCGCACACGGUGAGGAACCUGUCGGCCUCCCGUCCCCCUGUCCCCGUCGGAGACUGGAGUUCAGGAUCCCUCAACCGCAGCCUCAUGUCUCCCCCUGUGAGCCGAGUCCACUCCACUGUCCACGGUCAGUACAACACACUGCUCCUCACAGGGACCACUUCACAUAGUCCACUUCACAUAGUGCACUCCACUGUCCACGUGUCCCCGUCCUCUCAGGCUCAAGAGUCCGAAGACCAUCCUGCAACGUCGGCAGAGAUCCAACCGGCGACCCGACCGCCGCUCCCUCCCGCCGCAACCACAUCGGCAAAGCACCCGGGUACUCCUGCCCACCGCCAGCUGUCCACUACACCGUCCAAACCCGUCCCACCUCCGACCCACGAGUCCACAAAACUGCCCACGCAAACCAAAAACUCCACGUCUCAGUCCAGCGUCGCUCCGGUGCAGGUGAUUUGGACCACGCAGAGUUCGAUUUCCACCACCCCAAGUCACAUGACCACAGAUCUAAGGACUACAACAGACCGCAGAGGAACUACAACUCCCACAAGGCUCAUCACCACAGAACAGCCAGGUUGCCCCUGGAAACGGCCAGAGCUGGAGGCGUCCACGGUGAAGAUCAGCGCCCACAAACUGCAGCCGUGCGUCUUUGAGCUCUGCAAGUUCUACUCCCAGUGUCUGUGCAGGUCCUUCAGAGCCAAGGGACCCAAGAAGAGAUAUUGCUCUGACAGUCACUUGUGGUACCAGAAACACACUGUGGAGGUGUGCAGACGUGUGCGCAGACUCUCCUUCUCCAGGAACCUCAAACAAAGAUGUCUGUCAAAGAUGUGCGACAAACUGUGA